UCAAUCUAUCAAACCGGUGGAUUUGAACAACAACAACAACAAGAAUAAUACAUUUCGCAACAAAAAUUAGAUGACUUUCGAACUCUUACCUUUGCACAAAAAUAAACAAUUCUCAACAGAAUGUGCAGAGAUUUUAAACGAAGAAUGGAAAAGAAGCAUGACCGCAAGAUUCCAUGCCCUAGAAAAGUCAAGAGAUGAGUAUCCAGUGAAUUUGGUUCUGAUUGAACAAGCUGGGACUUCAGAGGCUUUUGUUGUGGGACACAGUAGACUCGCCUUAGUACAGGGACAAACAGACAAGAGUUGCUUUCUUGAAUCUGUUGUAAUACGAAAGAGACUAAGAGGAAAGGGCUUAGGAAGAAUAUUAAUGGAGAAAACCGAGCAGUUUGCAGAAAAGGAGGGGUUUAAGGUUAUAUAUCUUACUACUCAUGACAAGGAGGAGUUUUACGCCCACCUUGGGUAUGAAAAGAGUCAACCAGUUGUGUCUUUUGGAACUGACAUCAUUCCUGAACAUUUGGUCAAACAAUUGACAGGCAACUUGGAUUCAGAAGAGCACUUAGCAUCGACCAUCAAACAUACAUGUGCAGAUACCGUCAAGAAUGGAAACCCUCCAGUAUCACAUGGGCCUACCACCCCAAAAGCUCCUUGCUCUGGCCCCAUACCCAGCUCUGUGCCACGCCCACCUGUGCCUGCCCCUCCCCCUCCUCCACCCCCUGUCGUCUCGAAACUUCAAACCAGCGACAUCAGCCGCUUUGACCCAGCUUGUAUAGUCUGGAUGAAGAAGCGGUUACAGGCCUGAAGCCAGUCCUUACAAUUUACAAUAAGAUAGGCUUGUAUGAAGGAUGUGAAAUUUUAAAUUGUGCCAGGCUUGAAGCUAUUCAUCACUUUACAAUGAGAUAUGUGUGUAUGAAGGAUGUGAAAUGUAAAAUUGUGCCACAUUCUGGGAAAACGGGCUUAAAUGAGUGCGAGUAAAGUGUCGUCACAGAUUAGCCUGUGCAGUCCAUACAAGUUGAUAAGGGAUAACAUUACGCCUAGACUGGAAUUUUAUUUAGUAGAGACUCCCUUUAAACCAAAAAUUCUUUAAAAGUGCAAACUAUUGCCCCUGAUCAGCCUCCUCGGACUUCACAGGCUAAUCUGGGACGACACUUACGCACAUGCAUUAAGCCAUGCUUUUCAAGAACACGGCUCAAUUGAUGAAGAUCAGAUUUGUUAUCAUUCAUGUGUUCAUAAUAAUUAUGACCCUGCAUUUUGUGGACUCAACUUCUCAACACACAUAUCAUGUUUCCGUCCUAAAUAUUAACAUUUGAUGUGUUCCCUCAAUCCUGGUAUAUUUAUAUAAGACAAGCCAUGUCUAAGGAGUUUGUCUUUUAUUUCAAGUCUAAGUAGUUUGUCUUUAAUUUCAAAGUUUGCAACUUGAGGAUAAUUUCUCAAUGUUUCUUGUGUAAAAUAUAAGCACUUUUUUGUUAAACUAUUAAAUAACAUGCCAAAUAAUGUCUUGAUUUCUGUUAUUUUGUUGCCAGAAAUUAAUUCAUUAUGUUUUUUUUUGGAAUACCCUGUAAAAUAAAAGGUACAGUUGUUUUCGUUAUUCUUACAUUUUAACACAACGUAAUACAAUAGUAUUUGAAAAUUUUAAAUAAUAUUUUUAUUAUUGUUUUUUAUAUAAAGUCAUUCUUGAAUAAAAAAUUUCCUGUU